AUGCGCGAGCGAUGCCCAAAGAGGCAUGUGAUGCUCAAGGUGCAAGUUGUUCUCUUCUUGCUCCUGGGAGGAUCUUGGUCCGAGGCUGCUGAGGCCGAGGAGCCACCACGGUCCACGGUCACAACGGAGGCUGUGGAGCGCUUCCAAGCCUCCAUCCGUGCUCGGAUGGCAGGGUCCGAUGCCUUGCCUGACAAAGCAGAGGACGAGUGGACGAGCUCAGAUGCGCUUCGAAAGGAUUUGCGCAUACACUUGGCAGGCUUCUCGGAAAACUUGACUGUGCUGGAGGUGGGUUCCUAUUUCGGGUACACUACUCGAAUUCUCAGUCAGCUCUUCAAGCGGGUAAUCGCACUGGAUGCAGUGCCCGAGCUAUUGCAGGCCAAUCGAGACUACAACUCUGAUCGGGACAACAUCCUGUACAUUAGGUUCCACACCACCGACCAUGACUGGGGCAUUUUCUCGUUGAAUGCAAUCCAGGUUGUUUUCCUGGACGCAUCUCAUGACUUUGAAACAGUCAUGCAUGAUAUUGACAACUGCCUACGAAUCCCCACGGUGGGCCUCAUCAUCUUCGAUGACUACGGGGCAGAAGAAGGGGUGCGUCUGGCUGUGCAGCAGUUUGUCUUGGCGGGGCGAUUGCGUCCGGUGGCUUUGCUCGGCGAGGGGGCUGAGGGUCCUUGGCGCCUUCGUGAUGGCCGCGAGGUCCAAGACCGUGAGGCGAUUGCCUGUGAGGUGCUGCGGGCCUGA